GGAGUUUGGUUCAGUACGUGAUUAUUUUGGUGUUACUCCUGUUAGGAGUCGUGCUAGGGAUAGGGCGGUACAUGUACGUAAAUGCAGAAUGUAAUAGUUUAAAAAAUUAAAUGAAUCAUCGAAAAUUAAUUAAGAUUAACAAUAUUAAUCAGCUAAAUGAGAUGUCUUUGUUUUAGAAUUGCCGUACUUUUUUUUUUUACUUGCUUCGUAGAAAUGUCAACUUGUUAACCGUGAAUCGUCAUGGAUCUGAUAAUAAAGUUAAGGAGACAUGUUUUUAGUGUCGUCGUUAUUGGAAAGCAGAAACAUUCGUGCAUUCCAAGAAGCUGCACAACUAGGACUCGAAAUGCUUUAUAUUGUACAUAUGCAGUACACAACUAUUCGGUGCCUUGUUACCAAACGAGUCGAUAUUUUAAUUUGACAGUUGGACCAGCAUCAUGUUUUUCUGUGUCAGCGAGAAGAUGUUUAAAAACAUUACACUUGAGGUUAAACUGUAGUCAUAGCGCUCAGUAUUUUUCCACCAGUUGCUGUAAAUUAAAAAACAAAAAGGGUAGUUUCUACCCGUCAAAGCUGUCUGAAAGUGAAGAAGACGAUGGAGAAGAGGGAGAUGAUGCAAUAGAAGAUACAGAGGUAGAGGAGCUGUUCCAGCAGGGAAUGCCCCUUGAAGUGAGUGAAGGAGGUCACCAAGUCUUUAUAGUCCACCCUGAUGUCAAAUGGGGAGCAAAAAAACAGCACCUUACUACAGCGGAACUACAGAUGGCUGAAGCUGUUGGGCUUAUAAACACUCUGCAGAAUUGGACAGUUGUGGAGAAGCUCAUUCUUUCAACAAAAACUCCUGAUAAUAAGCGAAUAUUUGGAAAGGGGAACUUCCAGACUUUGACAGAGAAGAUCAGAAGUUUGCCUCAGAUUACUGCUGUCUUCAUGAACGUAGAAAGAGUAUCUCCAUUAACAGAGAAAGAACUGAAAGAAGCCUGGGGAGUGAAGGUGUUUGACAGAUACACAGUUGUCCUUCAUAUCUUCCGCUGCAAUGCUCGAACCAAAGAGGCCAAACUUCAGAUUGCUCUGGCAGAGAUUCCACUGCUCAGGUCACAGUUGAGAAAUGAGUUGGCUAACUUAGACCAACAAGGCGGGGGAUCCCGGUACAUCAUGGGCUCAGGUGAGACGUUUAUGGAGGUCCAGCAGCGAUUGUUAAAAGAGCGGGAACUGAAGAUCAGAGCUGCCCUGGAGAAGCUGAAAAAGAAGCGACACCUGCUUCGAUCCCAGCGCAAGCAGAGAGAGUUCCCUGUCAUCUCAGUUAUGGGCUACACCAACUGUGGAAAGACAACCCUUAUAAAGUCUCUGACAGGUGACGCAGGACUACAGCCUCGAGAUCAGCUCUUUGCCACUCUGGAUGUCACUGUCCAUGCUGGCCUGCUGCCAAGUCACAUGCCAGUCCUCUUUGUUGACACCAUUGGAUUCCUCUCCCAGCUUCCUCAUCAACUCAUUGACUCCUUCUCAGCUACCCUAGAGGAUGUGGCACAUUCUGACUUGAUCAUUCAUGUCCGAGACAUCAGUCAUCCUGAGACCCUGAACCAAAAAGUGAAUGUUUUAAAUGUCCUCAAGAAACUUCAGCUUCCAACCCAUCUGCUAGAUUCAGUCAUUGAAGUUCAUAAUAAGAUUGAUCUGAUUGAUGGCUAUCAGACUACUGAACCAAACACUGUGGCAAUCUCUGCUCUUCAGGGAAAAGGUCUUCAGAAUUUAAGAAGCAUCAUUGAAGCAGUAGUUCUGAAAAUUACUGGGAAGCAAAUUAUGACUAUUAAAGUGAAUCUGACUGGAUCCCAACUGAGCUGGUUGUACAAAGAGGCCACUGUGCAGGAGGUAAAUGUUUUGCCAGAAGAAGGUUCAGCUAACGUCAAUGUCAUUAUUAGCAAUUCUGCAUAUGGACGAUACAGGAAGCUCUUCCAUGUUUAACAGACUGUUGCACUGAAGAAACUGAAUUGUCUGGAAAUAACCCUCUCUGGAAUCUAGAUUGCCAUACAACAAGCUUGAUGAUCUCUGACCCUCUACAAACAUGUGGUGCUGAAAAAGCAAUAUUAUUCACUGCAUGUUACGCACAUCCAUAAGUACAACUCAAUAUCGCUUGAGUAUACUUUUAUCACCUAAAGCUAAAGAAGUUUCAAGCAUCACAAAAAAGGAUGGUGUAUGAAUCACACAUAAAAGCAUGUACAAACAAUCAAUGUGGGAGGUGUGUGUAUUGCAUUUACAGAUUAAAGCCCAGUAUUACCAUAACAUUUAUUUUUAAUGAUUGAAACAGUUUUCAUAUAAUAGUCUAUAUUUUGCACAGUGCUUUAUCAAAUAAUUGCAUUGCAUUUUUUUCCAAAUUACUGCUGUAAACAUGUUCCUUAAGAGCGUAGGUACAUGUGGAUUCAACAUCUCAAUAUCCUUCAAGUAGUCUUCUGAUAAUAACAAUAAUAAUUAAUUAUCUUUACAACAAACCCGAUAGAUGGAUUGGUGGUAAUCAUUUAAGAGACAGAUUAGAAAGGGGUAUUAUCAAAUAUUUUAUGAGUAGUGGUUAUUCUAAAAUUACCAAUGCUGGGACUAAACAUUGCCUGCCACGGUGUUUGGAAGAAAAGGGAAGUGGUAAAAUUGGAUGUGAACAUUUUGUGUUCAUAUGAUGCAGUACUAUAUGUGUACAAUAUACUUGACUAUGUAACCCAGCUAAGAUUCCAUUCACAACAAAUAAAACACACUUCUGCUAAUAUACAAAUACAGUUGGAUUUUUUUUUUAAUAUUGUACCAUAAAAUGUUAUCAAUUAAUUGGUACAUUUACCAUUAAAACUGCAUUGAUCAUUGAAUUGUGUUUGCCCAGAGUAAAGGCCAGCAAUAAUAA